AUGGGCCAAGAUCGUGGACAAAGCCCGAGGCACGAGCACGGCGAUUCGUGGGAGAAGUUUGCAGUGGAAUGGAAUGGCAAGCUGGAAGUGGCGCCAUGCUUCCUGCCCAGCAUCGCUGCGGGACCUUACUGGGUCAUUGACUAUGAUGAGGCGGCCGGCUACGCGCUGAUCUCCGGCGGUGCGCCGCAGAACGAGGGCACCGACGGGUGCCGCACCGGCUCGGGCACGAACAACGCGGGCCUUUGGAUCUUCACCCGCAGCCAGAAGCGUGACGAGGCUUUGGUGCAGAAGGUCCGUUCCAUCGCCGCGCAGAAGGGCUUUGACCUCUCCGUGCUGAACGACGUGGACCAGACCGAGUGCUCAGAGCAGCUGGUGGUCUGA